UCUAUCAUCCAGCUGCUAACUUUAAAUUUCUGAACAAAUUAAACUUCUAUUUGUUGAUAAACACAAAUUCAAUGUCAAAGCAAUCGAUAUUUAACAAAGAUCAUAGGUGUCAAUGAAGUAUCACCACUUAAGAUAACAUUAAAAUCAAGCAAAAUGUCACUGUGUGCUAGAGAUUUUAGGUUCGAAAUAAUCCUAGGAAAAGGAACAUUUGGAGCUGUUUACUUAGUAAGAAAACGAAGCAACGGUAAACCAUUUGUUAUAAAGGAACAACAUUUGACAGCAUCGGGUACUCUGACGUCCCAGAUGAUUUUGGGGGAAGUGGAGUGUCUUAAGAGAAUGAGACAUCCAAACAUAGUGAAUUAUCAUGGAGCUUGGAGGGAAAAUAACAGGAGUUACAUUCUGAUGGAGUACGCCACGCGUGGUACGCUUAAAGAUCUAUUGAACAAGCGUAAGCAGCCACUCAAGGAACAAGAUGCGCUUUAUCUUUUCUCUCAAAUUACGCUGGGAGUCCAUCAUAUACACUCCAAGCAAAUACUGCACAGGGAUCUUAAACCUGAAAACAUAAUGCUUACCGGUCGCUAUGGGGAUAUCAUAAAGAUCGGUGACUUUGGAGUUUCCAGGAACGUCCACGAAGAGCCGUUAACGCAUCGUAUCGGCACGUUCCACUAUAUGGCACCGGAAAUGCUCAAACGUGAACCCUAUAACCUCAAAUGCGACAUUUGGAGUAUGGGCGUGGUACUUUAUCAGAUGAUCGCAAACCAUCUUCCGUUUCCAGCAACGACAGUGAAGGAUAUAAUCAAAAUAACGUGUACGGAGAAACCACGACCAAUCGUUGCAAGGACUUCAGCAAGUACGGUUACUUUGAUAUCUAAAAUGUUAAAGAAAGAAGCUUAUUAUCGUCCACGGACCAGCCAAUUGUUAAUGUGUCCUUAUCUGGUGCCGAGCAUUGCUCGCGUUUACUUAAAUUUAGGUAGACAGGUUGAGAUGAUUAGUAAGCACGAAACGAAUUUCUCUCUUGAUGUUUUUACAGGAUUUUUAAAAUCUUUAAGGUAAUAUUAUAAUUUAAGUAGUGUACUAUUAUAAUUCAGUUGCGGAAGUGUCGUCAAACCAUGCUGUAUUUCAUUGGAAUUUCCGGUUGCUGUUAGAAUCAGAAUUUGCCUGCAUACAUACAUAUGUAUAUACUGUAUAAAACACAUGGAAUGAAUUUCACAACAUAAUAGAA